AUUGCCGUUGACGGAAUAUCAAAGAGCAAAUAAUUAUUUUCAGCAUAUAUCAUGAAAACUUCAAAUAGGAUACAAUAUAUAUGAUGACAUAAAGAGCAGAGCUGAUGAAAAAGUUGGCUCCUUGAAAGAGUUAGUACUUCGCGUCGGAUUAGUUGCAUUCGCUGUAGUGUUGAUAAUUUGGAUAGCAGUGUUCAUGUAUGUCGCCUUCUACUAUACAUAUAUGCCUGCCAUUUCGCAUACACGACCGGUCCAUAUGCAAUUCAAGUCAUGUUUGGAUUCCGCAACACCUUGCACAUUUCCUCACGCUCAUGUCUCGCUCACAAAGAAACAACAAUUGCUAAUGGUAGGUCAGGCAUAUCGCGUAGUUGUCCAAAUCGAAAUGCCAGAGACACCACAGAAUUUGGAAUUUGGUAUGUUCAUGGUUUGUGGAGAAAUGCGUGAUAACAAUGCUUUACUACGAGGGCAGUCUUGUCGUUCCGCUAUGAUGCGCUACCGUUCGCCUCUGAUACGUGCAAUAACUACCUGGGUAUUGAGCCCACUCUUUGUGCUUGGAUUGAAGGAAGAAUUCCAGCGCGUACCAGUGGAAAUAUUCGCAAACUAUUUAGAAGAGCGGCAACAUCCAAUUACCGACGUAUUCGUAGAAAUUCAGUCGCAAAAAAUACAAUUUUAUACAGUAUCCUUGCACAUAGUCGCUGACUUUACAGGGCUACGGUACAUUAUGUACAAUUGGCCAAUACUUUCUGCUGUUGUUGCAAUCAGCACCAAUCUGUUCUUUAUUUUGGUGAUAUUCCUACUAAGUUGGUAUCAUUGGUCCGACACCACAUGGUUACACAAUUUGCGUAAAAAGUAUGGACGCAUUACCGAAACUUUACAGAGUAAAACUAGUAAGGCAAUUGCGUCGAAAAGUGGCUUCCGAGAUGAUGAAGACUUGAGUUUUCUGGAUGACAAAUCGAAUGGCUCAGAGAUAGAGGAAAUGGGAGGCAGCAGCGAUAGCCGAAGAAGCAGCAAAGAGGAAUUGAUCGGUAGUAAGCCAAGGAAAGACAAUGAGGAACAACAGUUGCUUCUACGAAGAGUACAAUAAUCUUUUUAACGAUUUGUACUUGUACUAUAGAUUGGGUAUAAUAACUAUAUAUAACAAUUAGCCUAUCGUUUUUGAAUAUUGUUUUACUAUUGUUUUAGAUAGUUUUAAACAAUGGUCGAAUAAAAAGUAUGUAUACAUCCAUUCGUAAAUAAGCACAACACGAAGCUAUUGCUUAUAAAAUCCUACAACAUACAUAUGUACAUUUACACUUGCUCAUUAUACAUUAAAGUGAAAUAACACUCGUAUUACGAAAAACAAUAA